AUGCCUUCGAGAACCAUGAACCCUUUUACCAGCAACGCUGCGGUCGCUUCCUCCUUUGACGCGACCGACGAGAAGCGCUCGCUGCGGAGGUCGUCUGUCUCCCGGCCAAACAAUAGGUUCACCUCAUUCUUCUCAACAUCGCCAAAGACAAGGGAUGCUGCAGCGCUUCAAGCUGCAGUCAUUGCGCAGCAGCACGCUCUACUGAACUCACCGUCCCCUCAGCCGUUCAACUCCGCGACUCUAUCUUUGCCCACAAUCUCUCUUUCGACCGCUACUGGAGAGAAGUCAAAGAUUGAGGAGCGGACCACCACCCUGUUCCAACCACCUUCUCCCGCGGAGGUGCGACGCAUCGCUAAAGCACAUGCACAAUUCGGACCACUAGGCUCCAAAAACUACCUAUACUCGAGCCGGUUCGAAGGCGGCGAGUUUCCAGAUCCAAUUGAAGACGAGCCUCCCUACUACUUCCUAAUCACCACUUACAUCAGCUACCUCGUUCUCAUAAUAUUCGGGCACGUCAGAGACUUCUUCGGCAAGCGAUUCCGACAAGAGCGUUACAGGCAUUUGCAAGAAAGGGACGGUUAUGCGCCGUUGAAUAGCGAUUUCGAUAAUUUCUACGUUCGACGAUUGAAAAUGAGGAUCAAUGAUUGCUUCGCACGGCCUACCACUGGUGUUCCUGGACGGUUCAUAACGCUUCUGGACCGCAAGUCAGAUGAUCACAAUCUCACCUUUAAGCUGCAGGGCACUACCACGGAGACCUUGAAUAUGAGCUCGUACAACUACCUAGGCUUUGCUCAAUCCGAAGGCCCCUGCGCGGAUGCAGUGGAAGCAUGCGUUAGAAAAUACGGCGUCAGCACUGCGAGUACCCGAGGCGAUGCAGGCACUUCGGACUUGCACGUUGAAGUCGAGGAUCUGAUCGCCAAAUUCGUCGGCAAAGAAGCAUCCAUGGUCUUCUCAAUGGGAUUUGUCACGAACGCUACAGCUUUCCCAGCUCUGGUCGGCAAAGGCUGCCUCAUAAUUUCCGAUCAACUCAACCACACCUCUAUCCGUUUCGGCGCACGGUUAUCUGGAGCAAUGAUUGAGAUGUUUAAACACAACGACAUGAAAGAUCUAGAACGUCUGCUUCGAGAAGCCAUAGCCCAGGGCCAGCCACGCACUCACAGGCCGUGGAAGAAAAUUCUCGUAGCUGUGGAAGGCUUGUAUUCCAUGGAAGGCACUAUGUGUGACCUCCCCGGUCUGGUCGAGCUUAAGAAAAAGUACAAGUUCAACCUCUUCGUUGACGAGGCCCACUCCAUCGGCGCUCUCGGCCCGCAAGGCCGAGGGGUAUGUGACUACUUCGGCAUCGACCCCAAGGAGGUCGACAUCCUCAUGGGAACACUCACCAAGUCUUUCGGCGCUAACGGAGGCUACGUUGCGGCGGACAAGGCCAUCAUCCAGAAACUCCGCGCUACCAAUGCCGGCACUAUCUUUGGCGAGUCACCGACUCCCCCGGUGCUUAUGCAAAUCGCAUCGGCCCUCAAGAUCAUCACCGGCGACAUUGCUCCUGGACAGGGCGAGGAGCGUCUCCAGCGUCUGGCGUUCAACUCUCGCUAUCUCCGCCUCGGCCUCAAGCGUCUCGGUUUCAUUGUCUACGGUCAUGACGACAGCCCGAUCAUCCCGGUCAUGUUGUACAACCCCGCGAAAAUGCCUGCAUUCUCCCACGAGAUGCUGCGUCGGAAGAUCUCUGUUGUGGUUGUCGGCUACCCGGCAACGCCCCUCGUCUCCUCCCGCGCCCGCUUCUGCGUCUCGGCAGCCCACACGAAAGAUGACCUUGAUCGUAUGCUCACGGCCUGCGACCAUAUCGGCGAUAUCCUCCAGCUCAAGUUCUCGAGCGGCAUUGCGGGCGGCCAGGAACCGAUUCCGGACGGCCUAACAAACAAGGAGGAGCUUGAGACGAGAAAGGCGAUCAGUCAGGGCGAGAAGGUCGUGGCGACGCCGCCGCGGUGGCGGCUCGAGGAUGUGCUGAAGAGGGGCGUGCAGGACGUCAAGGCGCCCUUGCGGUAG